UUUUUUUUUUUUUUUUUUUUUGGCUAAAAGGAAGAAAUACAAGAGCUUGGUUUCUCAAGUAGCUCUUCUCAAAACGGAGUUUCUGCUAUUGAUUUGAUUCGACAAGUGCUAUGCAUUCUUCAAAAUGGGCUGUCUUAGAUUACAUUCGAAGAUGCAAUAACUGGAGAUCUUUCAAGCAAAUCCACGCAUACUUAUUAACAACUGGUUUGGUCUACAAUGACUUGAUCGUUAACAGCGUCGUCGAGUAUUUUGGAAGACCUUCAGCGAGUGUCGUUGAUUACGCUUGUGAUUUUCUGAAACAUUUAGAUUGGCGCUCGAACUCCUUCCCUUUUAACACAAUGAUUUCUGGGUACACUGGAAGUGAAAUGCCGAAAGCAGCUGUUUUGGUUUAUAGACGGAUAGUGAGAGAUGGUUUUAUGCCUGAUACGUUUACUUUCCCGGCAGUUUUGAAAUCUUGUACCAAGUUUUUGGGAAUUAGAGAAGGUAGACAGGUUCACAGUGUGAUUGUUGUAAUGGGUUUUUCAUGUCAUGUCUACGUGCAAAACUCGCUGGUUCAUUUGUACAGUGUUUGCGGUGAUUGCGAUGGUGCUCGCAAAGUGUUUGAUGAAAUGCUUGUCAGAGAUGUAGUCUCUUGGACAUGUCUGAUAUCCGGAUUUGUAAGGACAAGGUUGUUUGAUGAGGCCAUUGCCUUGUUUUUGAGGAUGGAUGUUGAGCCUAAUAUGGCGACUUUAGUUAGCGUACUUGUGGCUUGUGGCCGAAAGGGAUAUUUGAAUGUAGGGAAGGGGAUUCAUGGGGUUGUUUUCAAGCGUCCCAUGCAUAUACCUUUGGUUGUGAGCAAUGCUCUGAUGGAUAUGUAUGUCAAGUGUGAAAAGUUGUGUGAGGCAAAGCAGAUCUUUGAUGAGCUUGAUGAGAGGGAUAUUGUUUCAUGGACCUGCAUGAUAAGUGGAUUGGCGCAAUGUAAACAUCCCAAAGAGGCAUUAGAGUUGUUCUCCAACAUGCAGCCUUCAGGUGUUGAACCUGAUGAAAUCAUACUUACUGCCGUGCUUUCAGCCUGCGCUAGUCUUGGAGCUCUUGAUUAUGGUAGAUGGGUCCACGAGUAUAUUGAUCGUAGGGGCAUUAAAUGGGAUAUUCAAGUUGGGACUGCUAUGGUUGACAUGUAUGCAAAGUGUGGCUGUAUAGACAUUGCAUUGCGAACCUUCAAUGAACUGCCUUCUAGAAAUAUCGUCACAUGGAAUGCCUUGCUGGGUGGUUUGGCAAUGCAUGGCCAUGGGCAUGAGGCACUCCGAAAAUUUGAAGAAAUGACAAGGUCUAGCACCAGACCAAAUGAGGUGACCUUUCUAGCCAUUUUGACAGCUUGUUGUCAUUCUGGUUUGGUUGAUGAAGGGCGUAGGUACUUUCAGCAGAUGACCAGAGAAUCCUAUAAUAUUUCUCCACGGUUAGAACAUUAUGGUUGCAUGGUUGAUUUGCUAUGUAGGGCUGGGCUAUUGGAUGAGGCCCAAAACUUGAUAAAAACUAUGCCCAUGGUGCCGGAUGUGCUGAUAUGGGGAGCUAUUCUUAGUGCUUGCAAGAUCACCGGAAAUGUCGAACUUUCCCAAGAAAUAUUGGAUCGCCUCCUGAAGCUUGAGUCUCAAGAUAGUGGGGCAUUUGUGCUCCUAUCUAACAUAUAUGCUGGCAACAAAAGAUGGGCUGAUGUAACGAGGGUGAGGAGGCUAAUGAAGGAGAAAGGUAUCAAAAAGGCACCGGGGUCCAGUGUCAUAGAGCUAAACGGUCAGGCGCACAAAUUUCUGGUUGGAGAUUCUAGCCACCCUCAAAAUGACGACAUCCAUGUAGUGCUCAGUCUCCUUUCUAAUCAAGAGUUUUCAUAACCAUUCUUUAUAAGAUGAGUAUAUAGCUUCACUGUUGGGAUUCGUUGUAGUUGAUAAUUCUUUUUAUCAUAAUAUUGUCACAGUUGAGACCAUGUUUCUGCCUUCUGAAAUGUUAGGCCAAGGAGAAUUUCGAGAAUGUAUUCAUGUUCAUACAAUUCAAAUAAUGAUUUGCACUUGCAUGUGUAAUAUGGACAAUUAUUUAGUUACCAUCAUCUACUCCGAGUUUUGUGCUACUAAU